AUGGGAAAUCCUAAGAUAGUGGGUGUGGUCUUGGUGGUGAUGCUCUGCGCAGGCAUGUCCUCUGCCGCCAGGGUUUUAACUGCUUAUGCCGGUCAUGGUGGUGGUGGCGGCGGAGGAGGAGGUGGGGGAGGAGGCGGUGGGUCAGGCAAUGGCUCCGGUUCUGGCUACGGCUCCGGAGGCGGUUCGGGGCAUGGGGAAGGCAUCGGUGGUGGGGUACGCGGUGGUGACUAUGGAAGAGGGGGUGGCGGUGGUGGGGGACGCGGGGGAGGCGGAGGCGGAGGCUCAGGAAACGGCUACGGAAGUGGGUAUGGCUCCGGGUCCGGCUAUGGGGCCGGUGGAGCCAACGGCCGUGGAUAUGGGGCCGGUGGAGGCGGCGGAGGUAGCGGUGGCGGCGGUGGCGGAGGUGGCGGUGGCGGCGGUGGCGGCGGUGGCGGCAGUGGGCAAGGAGGCGGGAGCGGGUAUGGUUUUGGGUCGGGAGGAGGAUCUGGGUACGGUACUGGGGGUGCCAACGGCGGAGACUACGGAAGCGGGGGCGGAGGUGGCGGCGGCGGUGGAGGCGGCGGAGGAAGUGGGAACGGAAGUGGCUGGGGCUACGGGUCUGGCGGGGGUUUUGGCUAUGGCUCCGUUGCCGGCAACGGCGCUUAUGGAAGCGGUGGUGGAGGAGGCGGGGAAGGCGGUGGCGGAGGCGGAGGUGGGUCCGGCUCUGGUUCGGGCUACGGCUCUGGAUAUGGGUCUGGAUUCGGCGGCGGAUCUGGGGGACGUCCAUGA